UAUGUAUUUAUAGGUGCCAAAGCUUCAGGUAGAACAGGAAGAAACAUUGUUUUGGUGGAAGGAGUACGGACUCCAUUUCUUAUGUCAGGAACCAGGUAAGGAAAGUCAGUUGUCAUUGAAAAAAGGAGCAAAAAUACAAAAGUUGUACAUAAAAUGUGCAUAAAAUUUGAUUUAGAUGUAAGAUAAAGUUCCUCAUCUUUUUUAGCCUUGUGGAAGAUGAAACCCUGACAAUUUUAUCAUAAUUAAGGGAUUGGGGGGAAAAAGGAACUGUGUCGCAAAAUUGAUCAGUGGGAACCAGCACCAAAUUGAGUGAAACACUAAAAUAACACCUCAAAGCUCUUGAAAAAAGGUAUAAAUGACACAGAAAAUACAAAAGGAAGCACAGAUGGACAAUCUUAAAGGACGUUUAUUGAGGUAUUUGAAAACUUGUCAGUCUAACAGUUUAUCAAACUUCAUUUUUUGUGUCUCUAACUUUUGAGUGCUUCCUACAGCUGUAAGUUCUUUACAACAGAACAGAGCACAGUCAAGGCUUCUUUAUUUGAUUUAUAAUAAGGAGUCUAUUAUUUUAAUUCCCUAUGCAUUAUUUUCUUAAUUUCAAAACAAACUAUUGGUAGAUGGCAUGUUAGCUUUAGCUCUGUGUUUCAUAUUCUCAUCAAGAACGCUUUUCAACCAAUCAGAGCGGGCAUUUAAUAUGUGAUCUUUAUUAUAAUAUUGAUUGGACUAGUUAGAUUCAACUUAUGAAUCUUUUAUUAAAAUCAAUGUAGCUUAUUAUUAAUUUGUUUAUUCUAUCGAUUGUCAGCUAUGCUAACCUGUUACCACAUGAUGUGCAAAGAGGAGCAUUAGAGUGAGUGUUGACAAUCAAGAGAAAGUUUUCUGUGUGGUUUUCAUUGAUAUUAUUAUUAUUAUUAUUGUCAUUUAUAAUCCUUGGCUUGCUUGUUUAAUCCCUGAACAAUGUUCUCCUUAUCAGGCGGUAACCAGUAAAAUUUACCACCUGAAGCAACAUGUCUUACUACUUGCAACCUCUUGAAGGUUUGCUAAAGUUGAAUGAGUAGUUUUAAAAAAUAUGCAAGCUGUGAUCCAAUCUGAUCAAGGAUUCAAAUGAAUGAAUACAUAGCAAAGUACACAGCUUUUCUUUUUAUGAGGGCCACACAGUUUAGAAAGAGAACGCUGAAGACAGAGUAAAAUUAUUGGGAUCAAACAUUUUUAAUUGUUGUCUAAAGAUAACAAUGGCCGAUUUGUGUCAAAUAGGUCUUAAAAUGAGGGAACGACAAUUCAAAGAACUUAGCUCCUCCCAGGGAGGGGCCAUGUCCCUCACUCCACUACCGCUCUCCCCUCAGGGAAGUGCACUUCUGGGGCAUAUUUUUUGCCUUACUGACCAUGAAUGGUUGCUUACCUGCUGAGCUAAAAUUUGGGGAGAACACUGCUGAAGCACCAGGUCCAAAUCAUGGGCCUUGGGUACGAAAGAGUUCCAUUUAUCAUUAUCAUUAUCAUUAUUUAUAAAUUAUUUAUAUAGCUAUAAUGAUAAUUUUUUUAUUACUUUCUGAGGGCUCAAUUUGUCUCUGUCAUUUUUCUCCCUCUCCUGGCUUGACUUAAAAAUAUUCUGGGUACAAAGUAUUUUACUAGCAUGUUUGCUGAGUAGCUGCAAAAGCUUGAUUUACUUUGUGUAUGUAUUUUUAGGGGCCUUGUCUCAAGGACAGGAAUAAGUAAAGGUAAGUCAAGGUGUUUUGAUUACUCACUCUUUUGAAAGGUUACUUUAAAAGUCAAUUUUGGGGGGCUCUGAAAUGUCAAGUGGACUAGGUUUUGAUUUUGUUAAUGAUGUAAAUGUGUUUUGUAGAUGCUGUAGAUCAUAUUGUUAUUGGUACGGUCAUUCAAGAAGUCAAAACUAGCAACAUCGCCAGAGAGGUAAAAAAAAUCGCAUCCAUAACAUACGUUAAAGUAAUGAAUAGUAAUUGGAUAGGAACGAGUCCAGCAGCAUUGUCUAGUACAAAGUGGUUAAACAAAUUUAACAUCUACACAGUGAGAGUCUGACGUGUUAAAUUAUGAGUCUGAUUUCAUACAGGUUUAAACAACACAUAGAUUAUUAUUUUGAUCACUUCAAAACCAAACCUUUUAAAACCUAAGUUUCUUUUUUGUAUACUGUUUAGUUACCUCAGUCUAUAGGGGUGACACAAACUUCCCUAUUGUAUUGACCUAUCAAUGCUGAAAUUAGGUUUACUGAUAGCCAUUCACCUUGGACAAUUUUGUUAUAGUUAUGAUAAAAUGUGCAAACAAAUAUUUCACAAUAAAAACGUAAUUUCAGAGAUGUUUCAUUUGAAUGGUCACACUACUGGACGUCAUGGUCCGUAUAGCCUGCAGAUUUAGAACCACACUGUACAAUACACAUCUCUUUGCCUAACUCAUUGAAUUUUAAGAUAAAACUUGUACAUUGUUUUCCUUAGGCUGCUCUUAGUGCUGGCUUCUCAGACAAGAUUCCCUGCCAUACUGUUACUAUGGCUUGCAUUUCAUCCAAUCAAGCAAUCACCUCAGGUAUGUAGCAGGCAAAAAGGUUCAUUACACCCCUUGACUUAACUAAAAAAAUAAAAGAUAAAAGAAAUGUAGUCAGUUCAACUUUACUUGAUCUUACUAAAUGGUUUGAACCAAGGAUUCACAUAUAGUGGAAUGUGGUUGUGCAGGAGAGUGGCAUCCUGAAUUGGUCAGUUGUUAACACUAGCUGACAUUUCACAACCACUGUGGCAGUCAUCUUUUGAGACAAAGUGUGUUGUAUCUUACAAGCUGAUAGUAGUAAACACUGGUUACCAUCAACUAAUGUGAUAAAACUCACUUUGACUCUGAAGAGACUACCACAAAGAUUGUUGAAACAUCAGUCACUGUCAGCAACAGUCCUACUCAAGACUACAAUCACCUGGGGAAUCAUAUUUUACUUACCAUUCCUUAUUCAUUUAUUCCUUAGCUUAAUUUGGUUUUACCGUGUAUAUUCCAAAGCCAAUGGAAAAAAUUUUCAAACUUAAAAUCCUUCUUCCUGUAUGUUUUAAAAGGCAUUAAUGAGAAAAGAAUUGUCAUCAUCUCAUAUUUAAUUUACCAACCAUUUGUUUUUGCCUUAUUUAUUUUAUUUGUUUUUAUUUAUUUAACAGCUGUUGGGCUCAUUGCUAGUGGUCAGUGUGAUACAGUUGUUGCUGGAGGAGUGGAGUUUAUGUCUGAUGUUCCAAUCAGACUCAGUCGACCUCUGAGAAAAACUUUACUUUCCCUAAACAAGGUACACUACACAGUUACAAAGUAUUAAAAAAGAAGAAUCAAAAUCAAGAUUUAGAAGAAUGAAAGUCCUUUCCUGAUUUCAUUGAUAUUAUUCAUGAGUUGGAGUCAAAAAAAAAUUAGCUCUGGAAGAGUUUUGACUAGUUGUUGAUCAUUUUAGAGUUUUUAAAACUAGAAGGGAGUGAUUUAUGUACUACUCAAAUACCUUGAAGACACCUUUCAAAAACUUAUAAUUAUGUGCUUUGUUCAUUGUGUGUGUGUGUGUGAUGAAUCACCCCUCUUUUUGUUUGAUACAUUACUCCUAACCUAUGUAAAGUUUAAGUCUUAAGUCUUCGCCAUGCAUAUUACUAUCAACUUAGUUGUAAUUUUGAAAUCCUGACAAGAAAUAGUUCCUGGUAUAAUUUGACAUAUUUCAUCUAUAUGCAAAACGAAUAAUUUUUUUGCACUACGCUAAAGUAUCACUAAAAAGGUUUUCUUUUAAAUGGACAAAAUUUAACCCAACUUUGUCAACUUCCCUUAUAACUCACUGAAAAUUGAAGGAAAAUUUAACUUUACCGGUACUUAAAAUUAUUUAUAAUCUUUUUAGGCCAAAACACUUGGUGCAAGACUUGGACUUCUAGCAAAGAUCAGGCCAAGCUUCCUGAAUCCUGAGGUAUGACAUCAUUGCACAGUUUAAUCUUGUUACUUGUAAGCACCUUUGCUAGAGUUAGUUUCACACAAUACAUAUUUUUAGCAGAAAGUAUUGAAAGAUGACUUUUAGUUAAAAGCUCAUCUACGUCUCAUCUACCCAAAUACCAAUAAAAAAUAUUUCUUUCAAAAUUUUCCAUGAUUGGCAUACACUCAUAAUAGUAAUGGGGUUGUUUGCAAUUAUAAUAUUGUAGGUUAUGCACAAAAACUUGUGAAGAACAGCCACAGUACAUACUGUUACUUUGUUCACACAAUUUAUAAAACGACACUAAAGAGUACCUCAAGAACAUCCUUUUGACUUUCAUAAAUUUCAUAAAGUUACAAUAUAGGAUUUCAUCUACAGCGUUAAGGGUUAUCCAGUCAGGGUCAGUCAAUUUGACUUAUGUUUUUUAAGAUUAUGGCACUAACUUGUAGAGAAUAUGUUUAGAAAUCAAGACAUUUAAUCACUGGUUUUACUUGGCCACCGAGAUAAUAUGAAAUGGAGGCUUACAGCUCCUCAAAUGAACUAAACAAAAUUUAUGCCUUAGAUAAUUUGGUCCUUAUGCAAACUCUACCCUACUCACAGAAAACCACUCUUGAAGUUCCAUAAGGAUAAUGCAGUUUAUUCUCAUGGCCUGCAUGUUUUUCAGUUAGUAAAAGUGUAAGGUUAAUUAAGGUGUGGUCUCCUCAACUGUAACAAGGCUUCAUUAAAUUUCAUUCUGUUAUUAUUUUACAGUUACCUGCUGUUGCAGAGUUUUCUACUGGUGAAACCAUGGGACAUAGUGGAGAUAGGUGAAGAGCAUGAUUACAUUUUAGUGAAAUAUGAAUAAUUUUUGUAAAUUUGAACCUAAAUAACCUGUAUUUGUUUCUAGAUUGGCUGCAGCAUUUGGUGUCUCUAGACAGGAGCAGGUAAUGGUCAAUCCACAUCAUUGUCUUCUUCUUUAAUGUUUUAUAUGAAAUUUUGUGUCUUAUAAAUUCAGGGCAUAUAACAAGGUGAAGAAAAAAAUUAAUCAUUUAGUCAUUGAGUGGAAAAAAGCCUUGACUGUGCAGAAAAAUGCUCCAGAUGGACCAAGAUAAGUUGCAAUUUUUAGUAAUGAAAAUGCUGAAAGAGACAAAGGCCACUAUCCAUUCAUUUUUACCAAACAACCUUGGCCAAUGAAAGAUUUUUUGUAUGGUCAAGAGAACUUUUUUCUAGCGGGACUGAAGCAGCAAAUACCAAGUGGGGAAGACAUAAGGGCCAUUUGGCCCACUUGGGUAGCCAAUCAGAACACAGGAUUCACAACAUCUUGCCCACUCACAGGAGCAGCCGUAUAAAAAGAAGUGUUCAUUGUGUAUCAUAGUAGCAAUAAACUGUGACCAGGUCGUCAAGUAGAUUCUCUUGCUGGGCAAGUAACUUUUAAAGCUUACUUGUCCAAUGGGCAAGAGUCCUGGCAAGUCAUCCUCUAACUAAAUCAUUAAGUAAGAUGAGUAAGAAGUCAGGCCCUGGGCAAACAAAAUGUAAGAGCUGCUUGCGCACAGGACAAGCUUAAAUUCAAGUUUUUUAAAAGCCCUGAUGACCCUAGUCUGUCAGACAGUACACCAGUGUAGUCCAAUGAGGACUCAGUUUGUUCUUCUGAGCGGCAGUGUGUGACAUAUGGAUGACAGGCAUUUGAUCCUGCUCAUUUCUUCACCAAGCAAUUUAAAGUAAAAUAUACCAUUUUACAUUAUUGAUUUUGUCAACUUGUUUGAAAACUCUUUAUUAACACUCUUAUAUUUUUCUGCCCAGAGCCAUUCAAUAUUGUUGAGCUUUAUUUCUUGCAAAGAAGGCUUACAUGUUGUUAUUUAUGCCUACACAGGAUGAAUAUGCUCUGCGAUCUCACACAUUGGCUCACACAGCAGCAAGUGUAAGAACAUUAGUUGCAUUAAAAUAAUUUGAUACAAGUGCCACAAGUGGAAUUUUAAUAUAAUGAUAUCCUUACUUUGUGAGCAAUUUUUGUAUGGUAGUACUUAUCACUCCAAUUUUUCCGGUAUGGCAAUUUCUUCUCGACACGAAAGCUGGUUUUAUCACGCCUUAUCCCUGUAUUUGGUGGAAAGUUUUUUAAGUCCAGACACAAGUCAUCCAGUUGUGUGAAAUAAUCACCUUCGAUACUGCUCAUCAUAUGCUAAUAAUAUUCAACAUUUUUGUACCACAAUGGAACAAACUUAAAUUAAUGUUUUUCCUAAAAUCUAAGUUCAAAGUAUGUGUAUUUUUUCAGCUCAUCUGUGGUUGCACAUAGUAUGCCAAAACAUAGUAAACAUUUACACUGUAUCUGUAUUUCUUAUCUCAGGCUGGAAAGUUAGAGGAUGUCCUUGCCUUUAAAGUACCUGGUGUGUAGCAUAUUAUUCUCUUGAAUUCUUAAACCUUAACACUUAGUUACACUUUAUACCAUAAAAGGUUGCUGCUAUGACUUUAUCCCUUGUUACAGGCAUAAACAGCAUCUACAUCAGAGUCCCAAUUUCUCAAACCCUUGUUUUUUCAAAAAUCCUGAUAAUUCAGACCGAAAUAAUAAUAUUCAAUGAUGUACCCCAAGAUUCUCCUUUCACUUUUACUGUUGGAUUAAACACAAUGUGAAUUAUUUUGAGAUACAACCCGGCACCUCUAUAAGACAGGCACCCCCCACCCCCCAAGGCGAAAAAGACUCUCAAUAAGGCAGACAGGUCUCCAAGAAGAACAUUUUGUGCUAGUUCCAAUGGUAUUUGUCUUAACCCUUUCGAUCCAAGAAGUCAAAAUUCAACUAAAAUACAAAUUUCAUUUGUAAAAUGUGGAAGAGCCAAUGAAACCUUUGUGAAAGUACUGCUGAAGAGGUUUUACUUGAAUGGUCAUACUGUAGGAUUUCAGCCACAUAGUCUCAAAAGUAAGAACCACCUUACUGGCAAGACGACAUUGUUCUUUCUGGGAAUGAAAAUGGUUGAAGAGAGGACUGUACAUUAUUUCUGUUUUUGCAUUGCGUUAGGAAAAGCAGAAACUGUGACAGCUGAUAAUGGGAUCCGUGUCUCAACUCUGCAGCAGAUGGCCAAACUGAAACCAGCCUUUGUCAAACCACAUGGUACUGUUACUGCUGCUAAUGCUUCGUUCUUGGUAGGUUUGGUUCCUUCGGGGAGUAGGGUGGGGAAUUUUGUCUUGUAUACUACCAUAGACAGGGAAUGGAUUUGCUAAGCAGUGUUCAUAAGUACUGUAUAUUGUGAGCAUAGAUUUUUAAUACUCCUACUGUUGUUUUCCCGCUCCAGAUAGAGUGAAGAACAUGUAGCAAGUACAACCUUACAAAUGGCCUACUCAGUUAUCAUGAACUAGGCAAAACAAACAAACCGAAGACUGACAGAAAAAAUCCUUUUAACUGUGAUGAAAGUCAAACUUCCCAAAAAAACUGUUGGUCAACUGUUAGUCGCAAGUUAACCGACAGAUUACUAAAAUCUCUACCUUAAAACCAGUAGUAACCCUUCACAGCUGAUAGACAGCCAACGACAAUCGGAUAAAUCGACCAACCAGGUCUAUAACUAGAGUUUUCGACUUGCUAGACAACAUAGCGAAAAUAAUUUCUGCAUGUUUGAUUAUAGACGGAUGGAGGUUCAGCCUGUUUGAUCAUGAGUGAAGACAAAGCUGUUGAAAUGGGAUUUAAACCAAAAGCAUACUUGAGGUAGAGUAGACCACACUCUUAUUAAAGGAGCUGUCUCACGGCUGUCUGGUACGAAACUUGAGAAAUUACUUGUGAACGACAAAAUCAGAGCUUCGUUUCAAACAAAUGUGCCUCCCAGGCAUUAUGUCAAACUUCACAAACAACAAAAAUGAACUUUGCAAAACAUUUAGGUUGACAAGUUUACGAAAUCCACGUUGCAGUCCGCUUCAAUCGGUUUUCAAGUUUUUCCAUCCGUACCGCCAAUUGUAUUUGCUGUGUUAUUUUUACCUUUUUUAAUGUUUUGAGCGGUUAUAUUCACGUUUCAUUCAGUUUGUUGGCAGUUCCUACUGUAGUCUGCUACGCAGCCGUUUUCAAUUUCGUCACGCAACGCUCUGAAGAUAGAUUUUCGUGACAAAGCUCCCUUAACAGGUUUAUACCCAGUCCAGGUUACCCCCUCCCCUGCUGAGUUCGCUAGUAAGUUUGACCAAUGAAUGUAUACCAAGUUCUAAGUUAAACAGCAUUAUACGGUUAAAAGGCCACCUGGGUAUAAGAAGCCCAACUUAUUAGUGCAUCAACAUGCAGACAAAAAUACGCCCUUCACAAGCCCACCCAGCGAUAAACACUCUGCUAGUAAGGAGUUUGGCUUACUUCUUUCGUUUUUCUUGCAGGGAAUUUGUUUACACUUCACAGGAUCCAAAAGACCAACUUCUACUCGGGUAUUUCCUGUAAUUUCUUCUCCCUUUUUUGUCCAAGGUUUUUUUUUUAUUCUGCAUGUAUCACAUAGUUUUACCAGAACUUUUAAGUCAUAAAACUUAACUUUUUGUUUAAUUUUAACUUGUUCUAAUAUACAGUCCCGCCUAUGCUACCCCAAAACUCUUGGACAAAGCCGGACUCAAAAUGGAGGACAUCGAUGUAUUUGAAUACCACGAGGCCUUUGCGGUGAGUGUAUUAAAAACUUUUUUCGAGAAUUGUUAAUUAUCCUAGCAGCGAUUAACGUUCAUUUCCCUUCUUUGUCAAGGGUCAAAUUCUAGCUAAUUUGAAGGCUCUGGACUCCGACUUUUUUGCACAAAAUUACAUGGGAAGAUCGUCAAAGGUAAGAAAUUUUCCAACAUUUUCUUAAUUUUUAGUCGCUAAGUGUUGAAGAAAUUUAAAACCUUUUGUACCGUACAAUCAACUUUAAAAAAUAAAAGCAAGCUUGGCCACUUGAAGGUUGUCGCCAUUCACUCUUUUUAUGUUUUUUGAUAGCAAAGAUUUUUAGGAUUGAAGAAUUAGUGUGCUACUCUUUAUAUAUUGUUUCUCUUUGUACUUUUUUUCUUUUUUUUUUUACAGGACUCUGUUUAAAUUAGCUCACGCUAAACCAGAUGUUCCUGUGUAAUUAAAUAAACCAGAACCGGUACUUAGUUAACCAAGGAUACGAGAGGUGGGGGGGAUGGGAGCAAGUAUCCGAAAAAUAUCUGUGGAGAGUACAAGUCAAGAGACAAAUAUCGUAUUUCUAACUUGGCUCACUCCAUGUUAACAAAAAGGUCGCGUCUCACCUUUGAUCGACUAGCCUCCCUGAGUGUAGCUAUGCUCCAAAUCAAUAAUUUUGUUAGUUUUAGACUAAACCAUGAUUUAUGGUGUCCGUCUUAUUCUCUUGCUCCUCUCCACUUCUCUGAGCAGUUUUGACGUGAUUAUUUUGUUUUAGUUCGGUGCCCCUCCAAUGGAAAAGCUGAACACGUGGGGAGGUUCGUUGUCCAUCGGUCAUCCAUUUGGCGCCACAGGUGUCCGACUCGUCACCACAGCUGCUAAUAGGCUAUUGAAAGAGGGAGGAAAAUACGGACUGGUCGCCGCUUGUGCUGCUGGGGGACUGGUAAGUAGUCGAGAGUGA